AUGCAUAUCGAACUCCUACCAUCCGAGCUGGUCACGGACAUAUUCCUCGCCUUGCCUACCAUCUCCUCCGUUCUCGCCUUGUCCUCGACCUGUCAUCAUUUUUGCCAGAUCUACACGUCUUCCAAGAAGCUCCGAAUACUGUCACAAGCUGCCGAGAACGAGUUCGGCCCUACAUCAGACAUUGUCCAACUCGUCACCCACAACUCCUCGCAACCUGCCCACCUUCGCCGCUCAGUCCCACUAUCACAAGCCUUGAUCCGCUCCAUAGUAAAAGUCGGUCGUGUUGCUGCAAAAUGGGAGGCCGUAUACCCAUUCAAGAAGUGGAAAGCCGACUUUGAGAACAGACGAUCUAUAUCCACCGACGAGCGCUUUCGCCUGCGACGGGCGUUAUACCGUCUCUGGCUCUUCUCUCGCGCCUUUCAUGAUGGAAGCAUCCUUCGCUGGAUGAGAAGUAUGCCUGCUCUCCACCACGAGAGAACACUGCUUCUGCACAACUUCAACACUCUUGAAUUGGCUGAAAUGCUUGAUGUUCACAAUAUGCUGCGCGAUACCAUCAGCAACAACAUCUGUCCAUCCAACGGCACCGUAAGCCGCAAAUUCCAAAAACGCUUCCCAAACUCCGAUUACCAACUCCUCUUCAACACCAACCUCAACUUCCCUCCUCCCUCUUCUUUCGUCCCCAAUGGUACUCACUUCUGCUCUGAAGUGGCAGCUUCCAAAUGGCACAACAAAUACGUUCCGACAGCAAACCAUGAGCCAGGUGCCGAAGGCUGGGGCGACGAUAUCCUACACUACUAUGUUGUUGAAGACAUGUUGAAGCUUGAUCCUGAGCAACUCAUGUUCUUGAAAGAGAACGCACCAUACAAGAGCCAAGUCGAAGCUUACAUCAGAAGCCAAGGCGAUUGGUUUGACAACAAUGGCGAGACUUUUGUUCAGACGUUGCAGCAGGUUAUCCGCGACCGUGGCCAGGAGAUGGAUGAAUUCAAGGAAGCGAUUGAGGAUGGCGAGUUGGGUGUUGCACUCAGAGAACAUUGA